UACAUAUUUAUGUAUAUAUAUGAAUAUGUAUAUCUAUAUAUGUAGCAUUUUUGUAAAGUGGUGAGAUAUCGCGGAUUUUUGUAAGCCUAUAUAACCACACACUAUAGAUUAUCAGCAACAUCCAUAAAAAUCGAGGUCAUUAUGUUGAAAUUGCUGUUGAUUUUAGCAACAUCGACAUGCUUUUUAAUAACAGUUGACACCGGUACGCCGAUAGGCACAGGUGGACCUUCGUUGAUAUACGAAGGCAAAGAUGCUUUACUGACUUGUGUUGUAUCUGAGAAUCAUUAUAAUAACACUGUGAUAUGGAAAAAAUUUGAUAAAAUUCUCACUGCUGGUAAAGUGAGAGUAACUAGCGAUAGUCGUAUUAGUGUUUUACACGAUGAAAACCCAAAGGGACGCUUAGAAUCUGGCGGUGAAGUGUGGGUUUUAUUAAUUAAAAAGUUAAAAAUAUCGGAUACUGGAAGUUAUGUUUGUGAAUUAAAUUCAGAUCCAGUAUUGCGUAGCAUACACAUAUUAAUGGUUAAGCCGUUUCCUUACAAGAACGGCAACGGUAAUGACACGCUAGCUGGCGUAGGCACGGCAGCAGCAGCCAGCGAGUCGAGUGAUGUGUUUUUAGUGCCCCCUCCCUUAGAGGUGGCAGACAAUCGUACCUUUUGGCGACCAACUGGUGUGGGGCCACAAAUAACACAUGACUUUACAGAGUGCUGCGAACGCGCAAAUGUCAGCCAAAAUUGUAUGGGUUUUUGUAAUGUACAUAAUAUACUGGACGGCACAACAGGCACGGAUCCAGAGGCAUGCGAAAAGGAUUUCCCGCAAAUAGUGCGCUGUAUGGCAGAUGGUCGGAACCAUGUGCCAUGUUGUGUUGAAAAGCAAAUACCUGACUUGUGUCAGGACAUGUGCCGGGGUGAGUACACCCCCUUCACCGACUUGUUACGUACUCGUGUCUCGUGCGUGCAUCACACUCUUAGUGGUUUACAGUGCAUAUUAAAAGGUGUUCAGCAAAUACCCAGCACACCUCUGGAUGUUUCAGUGAGUGACGUCGCCGAGACAACUGUCACGGUUAGCUGGUCACCACCUAAAAAGUUGCCGCACACAGUCAAGCACUAUAAUGUCACCUUAACGGCAUUGCAUUCAUUUGACCAAGACAGCAGUGACGAAGAUAUUGAAGCUGAUAAUAUAGCAAAACACGGAAAAGGUAACAAUGAAGAUAUAAGCAUUUUGCGAUUAGUCUCCAGUAAUGAGACUGCAGUCACUGUUAAAAACUUGAAGCCGUUAACAAUGUAUACGAUUAUGGUGACGGCUGCAAAUGAUUACGGUUCCAGCCUGCCCAGCGAAAGAUUGCGUAUCUUUACGCAUACUAGCGCUUUAGCAACUGAAGCGAAAUCGGGACCUGUUAUGAAAAUGGAAGUACCUGACUUACCGGAUAUACGUAGUUGUUGCGAAGCAAACGGAAUGACUCAUCGUAUGUGUUUGGAUAAAAUGUGUGAUCCGCAAAAAACUGAUUUAGCUACAUUGCCCGACUUUAUGGUAUGCGCUCCUUGGUCAAAUAUUACCUUCACUUGUUUAGCUAAUAACAUCGAUCACACACCUUGUUGUCGAGCCAGAGGUAUACCCACCGCCUGUUUUCCUUUAUGCUCUGGAAAGAUUUCCACACUGGAUUUUAGCUUAUUCAAGUGUUUACGUUUCAUGUCGGAAUUUAGCAGCUGUCUGUUUCAGGGUUACGGAAUUUUGGCUGAUCCUCCUUCCAAACUGCGUAUUAUAGCCAAAACUGACAAUUUUGUGAUAUUAGAUUGGAAUAAGCCAAAGUCAUUAUCUGAUACCAUCAGCACAUAUCAUAUAAAAUUCCGUCGCUUGGGAGUCGGGGAUGAUUACUUGACAGUAGAGAAGAAAAACCCCCCACUUAUAUUAGAGGGUUUGGAGCAAGAAGUUUACUAUGAAUUUUAUGUGGUUUCCAUAAAUGCUUAUGGGAAAAGCGAACCAUCACCACGUCUUAUUACACGCACCUUGCCUGCCAACGUAGAGAAUGUAUACGAAUCGAGAUAUAACAUGAGCACAUGUUGCCAAGCGUCUGGCCUUUUACCACAAUGUACACCACUUUGCAGUUAUAAUAUACGUUUAUCGGAUAUCGAAAAACUAGGCCCGGCUUGUCGAGCGCAAAUAUCUGUAAUUGCACGUUGCGCGGCAGGCGGUCGAGAUCAUACGCCUUGUUGCGUCCGACGGGGCGUAACACCAACUUGCAUGUCUUUGUGUCGCGGCGUUUUGCCAGUCAGCCACAUAUCGGCAUCCCUAUCAAGUAUAUCUAGUAGUUCGUCGUCUGUUAGCGGCGGUGGUAGCUCAACAUCGACUGCAGCAAAUACUAAUUCAGCGGAUUGUCUCUCCUAUGCUGGCAAUAUUCUUCAGUGUUUCGAAGAAGGCACUGAGAGUAUACCAGGACCGGCAGAAGAUCUGCAUGUCACUCAAAUUACUAAUACUACAAUUAGUUUAGCCUGGACGCAACCACAGUUAGUUGAAGUUAAUGAAAAUUCAACUGUCACAGACGCUGACAACAAUAUAGCGAACAAAAAUAAUAAAAGCACCUUAACUAAUACUACUGAUAUCGAUUUUAUUGUGCAGUAUGGAAAAGUCAAUAACAUGACCAUGUACGAGACGGUGGCAAAGCUAGAAAGUGAAUUGGUGACAAACGAGACUUCAUUGGAUUUGGUCAAUUUAGAGCCGCAUGCUUUAUAUCGUAUUAUGGUAUUAACACACGGCAAAUAUGGUAACUCAUUGCCAUCAUCGAUGUUAUUAAUAAAUACCACAGAAAUGAUCAGCAAUCUGAAUGGCUCAAACAAAUCGCAAGAAAUUUAUGGUGCACCGUCACCACCACACGCAUUGGCCAUCGUUGCUCAUAGUGCUACCUGGAUGCAAUUGACGUGGCAACCACCGGAAUAUUCGCAUCCUCAUGAAAAAAUCACUUAUAGAGUUUAUCACAAGCCUAUGAAAGCGGAAAAAUUCAAUAGAAUUGAAACCAAAGUAGCCUGGUUACGGAUGAAUAACCUUAAGCCCAGUUCACAGCAUAUACUUUAUGUAGAGGCCGUAGGAGAAAAAGCAACGUCACUGCCCUCUGAAACAUUAGUAGCAUGGACAGAUCCAGCAUUGCCGGCAUUUGUCGAUCCACCGACCGUACAUCCUGCUGACAAUAUUCCCGAAGGGGGCUCUAUGACUAUUUUGUGUUUGGCUUUGGGUAAUCCAGCUCCUACAAUUUCUUUGUAUGUGGGUGGUCAUUUGGUGAGGCAGGAUACUUCACGACAUAUGGUUACUGUUAUACAUAAUGUAACGGCAGAUAUGGAACAUGUUUCAUGUUAUGCCGAUAACGGUUAUGGUGUACCUAUGCAAGCCACUAGAAGAGUUAAUAUAUGCUAUGCACCGAAAAUACAGGCGGCCGGUAUUACAGUCGCCUCUGUAGGCAACGAAGUUGAGUUGCGUUGUAUGGUUGAUUCCAAACCGGCUCCUAAGACUAUAUUUUGGCGGGAUCAUGAUGGCCGCAUACCCGUCAUCCAGGGCGGCAAUUAUGAUAUUUCUAUGCGAACAAAUGAAUCACGUCCCACUAUAUAUACUAUGGUUUUGCGGAUUUAUAAACUUCAAGCGACCGAUGUCGGUGAUUAUUUUUGCCACGCUGAAAAUCCUUACGGUUCUGCCACAAUACCCGUCUCAGUUCGCAUACGUAACACUCCCGCUCUCAAUCACAAUGUUUCUGAAUGCUGUUCUCAAAUGAAUGUUUCGUCGGCCUGCCGUAGUGCCUGCAGCUAUUACGUUGAUAUUGAUGCUAUAGCUGAUAGACCCGAAUGUAUAACUGAAUUCGAUAAAUUGAUGAAAUGUGCUGCGGACGGUUCUGAUCAUCGCACUUGUUGCGCUGAUGGCAAUGUGCCGCGAAAAUGUCUAAAUUGGUGUAGAGGAGAACCGGUGCGUUCUAAAGAGAUUUGUAGUCUACAGUACGCUCGCACUAUUGUAGGAUGUUUUGAAUCGAAUCGCGAUCGUCUGCCAGGACCACCGGAAAACAUAGCUGUCAGUGUCGUCUCAGAUAGUGAAGUGAUUAUAAAAUGGGAUCCCCCAACCAAGAAUCCAAAUGUUGUCGAUGGCUAUCGUAUCUUCUACCAUGAAGCCGCUAUAAUGGGUAAUGAUGCAGCUGUGGCCUCUGCAAACAAUGAGCCAAACGAUUCGUUGCUUAGCAACGCAACAAGCAUGCAAAUGGGUAGUAAUGUAACCUUGAGCACGAAUGGCGGCGGUGCUGGUGUUGGCAGUAGCAACGAAGUGAGACGUAUAGACGUCAAAGAAACGAGUGUUAAUAUCGAUGGUCUUAAAAGAGAUGUUUUGUACGAGUUGGUUGUUAAAGCUGGCAACACAUAUGGUGCUAGUGUUUUAACGCAACCGAUCAAAUUCACACUUGGGGACCAUCAUGUUACUUCUGCCACAACAUCAUAUUCGCAUGUGGGUACAGUUAGUGGUAUUGUAGCCAGCAUUUUGGCCAUAAUGCUGGCGGCAGCUGCUAUCAUAUUCUAUAAGAGGCAUCGUACCAGCAGCAAAGCCAGCUCAGGGGUGGCAUUUGAGAAUCCCACUUACACUCGAGGUUUAGAACAAGUACAGUUACCUACCGUGACAUCAGCUUUAACUCAUACGGGUGUCAAUGGUAACACGAACUCUAUACGAACGCCUGCCACAAGCAAUGCUGCAUUUCAGACGGCCACAUCAAAUAUGUUAACGUCAUCGGCACCGACGGCAGCCACAGCAUCAAAAGCAUCUCUCUCAGCAGUUUCAACAACAGGAGCAACGGUGGGGACAUUUAUGCGAAAUGGCUUAGAUGGCACGGAUGGCCAUACUCAAUGCAAUGAAGUUAAACCCACAAUUUAUGAAGAGCUCAAACUUGGCCAAGAAGACAGCAUGCGAGUUAAGGUCCAAUGGGCCCAUAAUUUUUAAAUGGAAGAAAAGAAACUCGUAUACGAAACGGUUCAGCAACGUUGAAAGCCGUCAAUGAGAUAUUGUUAACGAAACGUAAGUUUAAGGGAAACCUAAUGGCUGCCGGCAUUUUCUAAGCAUCCCAAAAUGGUUUGUAUGUUUCUCUCAUUAUUAUCAUAAAUAACUUAAUAUAAAAUUUCCCUAUUCGUUUUGUCAAUAACCGC